AUGUACUUUUCAAGCCUUCCCAUGCACGGGCAACCGCCGGAACAGCCGCUGAGAGCGCAUACCGGAACUCUGGUUGGCGAUCGAAUCUGGUUCAUCGGUGGUGUGGAUGGCAAGAACUGUUGGCGGGGUGUGGCAUACUUUGAUACUGAGACCUUGUUCUGGGGCUCAAUAGAGACGUUUGGAGAGCAACUUCCCCCGCUGAGAGCACAUACUACGACCUUGGUAGGGACAGAUUUGUACAUCUUUGGUGGUGGAGACGGUCCAACAUACAGCAAUGACAUCUGGGUAUUCGAUACGAUCACCCACCGAUUCUCUCGACCAUCAGUCGCUGGAUCGUCAUCCGGUCUGCCGCCACCACGCCGAGCACAUACAGCCAUUCUCCACAAGCACUAUCUGGUCGUAUUUGGCGGUGGUAACGGACAAGCCGCACUGAACGAUAUCUGGGCGUUGGACGUUUCUGACCCUGGUCAUUUGACAUGGCACGAAUGGAAGACCACUGGUGAUAGGCCGCAAAAGAAGGGAUAUCAUACGGCGAAUCUGGUGGUGUCAAAAAUGGUCGUUUUCGGAGGCAGUGAUGGACACGCUAGCUUCGCCGAUGUCCAUAUCUUGAAUCUAGAGUCCCUGGUCUGGACGUUGAUCACAACGGAGGUCACGAACAAUCGGCUUUCCCAUACCUCGACUCAGGUCGGGUCAUACUUGUUCAUUAUUGGCGGGCACAACGGUCAGAGCUAUGCCCAAGACGUUCUCUUGUUCAAUCUCGUCACUCUUCAGUGGGAGUUCAAGACACCCGCAGGUAUGGCCCCGCCGGGUCGAGGGUACCAUGUGUCGCUACUUCAUGACGGGCGUAUAUUCAUCUCGGGAGGAUACAAUGGAAUGGCAGUGUUUAACGAUCUAUGGGUCCUUGAUCUCAGCGCUGCGGCUUACUUGCCACAAGUGGUGAGUUCUACCGCUGUAAGUAGCUUCCUGCUCAUCAACCUGUUCAGACGACCUUUGAUAUUGACGAGACUGCUGGCGUACCGCGACGUGAUGCCAUCGUGA